AAUUUCAUUUAUAACAUGGACAAACCCCAUCCACUGAGCUGCAGCACUCUCAGACCAAACCUACCUGGCAGGCUCACCAUGCUCAGAUCACUCCAGCAACUCAUCUCUUGCGUACUGCUGCUCCUCUUUUCCUUCUCCAGCUCAGGGGAGAGCCGGCCUCACGUGGCCCACAGAAGUGCACCUGAUGUGGAUAGAACGGACAGCCAGAGGGUCCUGUUUCUGGAGGCGGUGAAGACAGGGAUCCUCAGCUCGUUGGGUAUGGACAAGGAGCCAAGGCCAACCCAAAAGGCCUCGGAGGAAGAGCUGAGGGAGAUGUAUCAGCUCUACGGAGAAAAACUGAGAAAAAUGACAGGAAACUCCACCCAGGCAAAGAGGGAAACCUCGCAGUCCACUUUGUCUACUGUGCUCUUUCCAGCUACAGUGGAGCCAAUAAAAGUGCUUCAGAGGCGAGAACAAACACAGUCUGGUCAAAGCAUGCAGUGGUUUAGAGCUGUUUUCCAUAAGAACCCCAACAUCCAGUCUGAACUGACACUAGCUCGGGCUGAGCUUCAGAUCUCCAGGCAGAUUUUAAACAACCCCACUUCAGUUCAGGCUGAGGCAAGACGAAAGAUUAAAGUGAAAGUCAACAGGAUGAAGCCGAUAAACUCUGCAGCCCUGACACACAUAAACUCACCAGUCCCUGCCAAUGUGUCAGGCAAACAACAUGUAAUGCUGGACGUCAGCCCUGAGGUGGAGAAGUGGAUGAGGACUGAUGGCGGUCAGGCACUAGUUGUGGACAUAGGGAUCGUUGUUGGUGGAAAACAUGCCCUGGAGGCAAAUCCAACCAUUUCUCUGGAAUUAGGCCUCACACAGCCUAAACCAGCCAGCAGGUCGAGGCUGCCUCGCUCCAACAAGGAAGAUGACUGUGACGAAAGAGGAUGGUGCUGCCGGAAGUCUGUCACCGUGUCCUUCAAAGACAUUGGCUGGACUGACUGGGUGGUGGCCCCAGCCGAGUAUACCAUGCAUUUCUGUGACGGCACCUGCCCCCACAACUACAAGCCUGCGAGCAUGCACACUCAGGUGAAGUCUCGGCUGCACCAGAUUACCAAAGGAGAGACACCUCACCCCUGCUGCGUGCCGUCAGACUAUGAGCCAAUGGUUCUCAUGCACUAUGAUAGUAGGGGAAAGUUGAAGCUGACUCCCUUUGACGACUUGAUUGUCAGUAAAUGUUACUGUGCCUGAGGAAAAAGAAAGAAAAGUGACUUUAAACCCUAAGCUUUGGGAGAGAAUUGCCACUACAAAAAAAAAAUGUUACAUGGUAAAACCCCCCUGUUGUGUUCUUAAAGGUACAUAUUAUCACAGCUGCAUACUUAUAGAUUCAAACUGCAAUUAUCCACCAUUACUUUGUUCAUUCAUGACGGUGCCUUUGAAAAUUAUUUAUUUUAAGUUCUUUUAUUUAUGGUCCUAAACUUAUUAUUACUUAUUUGUGUUUUGUUAUUGUUGUUUUUUUAUGUUACAGCAUAAAUACUAUUUAAUUGUAUUGUCAUUUAUUAUUAAAAGUACUGUAUUCUUUUAUGAGGCACUUGAUUUAGACAUUUUGUUUGUUGUCUUAUACAUUUCAAUAAUUAUGUGAAGACCAAAAUAAAUGUUCUGAUUUAUUCAUACUGAACUGUUGCACUUGAAUAUAUCAACAUGUACAUUUCAAAAUAAACAUGUGAGCAUGAUA